UCUAUCCAAAAACAUGUUGAUUCACAUUUCCUCCAUUGCUUUUUUGCUGACUUCCCUCCUUAUCCCAAUAUCAUACUCUUCUAACAUCAAUAUAACUGAUGUUGAUCUUUUGGAGUUCCCUCUAAAUUUAGAAUAUUUAGAGGCAGAGUUCUUCUUGUUUGGUGCUACGGGUCAUGGAUUGGAUGUUGUUGCACCAGAAUUAGCCCAAGGAGGACCACCUCCCAUAGGAGCCAAAAUGGCCCUUUUGGACACCUUCACUAGAGAUGUUAUCUUCCAAUUUGCUUUGCAGGAAGUUGGACAUAUAAGGGCCAUAAAGAGUACUGUAAAAGGGUUUCCUAGGCCAUUGUUAAAUAUAAGCAAGGAAUCAUUUGCACAAGUGAUGAAUAAUGCCUUUGAGAAACCUUUGUACCCAACUUUCGACCCUUAUGCCAAUUCCAUCAAUUAUUUGCUUGCGUCCUACAUUAUUCCUUAUGUUGGCCUCACUGGAUAUGUUGGAGCUAUUCCUGAAUUGCAAGAAUCUACGUCCAAGAAGCUUGUUGCAAGCCUUUUGGCAGUAGAGUCAGGACAAGAUGCAGUUAUUCGAACGUUGCUAUAUGAACGUCGAAAAUUAAAGGUGUUACCAUACCCAAUAACUGUUGAAGAGUUUACAAAUCGCAUAUCAAUGCUUAGAAAUAAGUUAGGAAACAAAGGCGUAAAAGAUGAGGGUCUAGAGGUCCCUAUAUCACAAGGUGCUGAAGGUAAAGUUUCAGGAAAUGUACUUGCUGGUGACAAAAAUUCACUUUCAUAUUCAAGGACUCCAGAAGAAAUAUUGAGGAUAGUGUAUGGUCGAUAUGAAAUUGUUCCUGGUGGCUUCUUUCCUAAGGGAGCAGAUGGUCGUAUAGCUAAGUGUCUAGUAGCUACUUCUAUAGGUUAAGAGUUAAGACUAAAAUAAACAAUGUCUUAGAGGUAACUAUAAAUAAACUAUGUUAAGUUAUAAUAAAAAACAAUGUAUAAGAGGUGUCGGAAUAAAGGAGUAUAAAUCUCAUAUGAGAUUGUUGUAUAACGAUAUUCCAAGUUGAGUUAUAAUAAUUUACUUUUUCUUUUGACAAAA